UUCGUCUCCACGUCACCCGGCGGCCUUUAGGACCCGGAGGCGCCGCGCGCAUUCUUGGGCUGCGCAGCUCCAGUUAAAGUCUACGCGGGUUGGCCGAGCGCGCAGUCGGCCGGGCGGGACGCCGCAGGGCUGCUCGUACUUGAGGGGAGGAUGUUGCCUGUUGGUGAGGGCGGAGGAGGGACGCUUUAAGAGGAGCUUUUCACUCAGACCUUUUGGUAAACGUCCGCGGGGCAGAAGGAGACACUCAGCGUUUGCUGCCGGAUUUUUUUUUUUUUUGCACGUUAGCGAAUUCACCGCCGCCUUUGCUUCGCUGGCUGCGAGCCCGAUGUAAUCCAGCGACCAGAAGCAGUCCGCCCCUGCCGCCGGAGCAGCCUGGACACGAUGGACGGGGAGCCCGAAAGGCUGAGGAGCCGGGAGAGACUGGAGGCGUCCCUAGCCGGACUGGGAGAGCUGGAGUACCUGCGACGCCGCCAGGAGCUGCUGGUCAGGAGCGCACUGAGGCUGCAGGAGAGGAGCUACCCGAGCCCGCAGGACAGGCUGCUGGAGGAGAACAUCUCCCUGCUCAAAAAGCAGCUGAACUGCUUGAGGAAGAGGGACGCGGGUCUCCUGAUGCAGUUGCAGGACCUCGACCGACAGAUCAGCGAGCUGAGGUUGGAUUCUGAGAAACCUUCUGACCACGUAGAAGCCGACAGCCGGCCCAGUUCAGGUUUUUACGAGCUGAGCGACGGGGCCUCGGGCUCGCUCUCCAACUCCUCCAACUCGGUCUUCAGCGAGUGUUUGUCCAGUUGCCACUCCAGCACCUGUUUCUGCAGCCCUUUGGAGGCAUCCCUGAGCAUUCCAGAUGGUCAGCCGAAGUGUGCAGAUGACCUCAUGGCUUGGACGGAGUGUGCCGACGGGCACUGCCAAGAUCAACACUUGGGCACAGGUAGGCGCUCUGCCUCUGUCCCCGUCGUUGACGGGUCACCCGAUGUCCAGAUCAAGUACCAGUGUGACCUGAUUUCACGAAACGGGAUUGACGUCUAUCGUUACCCAAGUCCGCUUCACGCCGUGGCUGUGCAGAGCCCCAUGUUCUUCCAGUCGCUCGUUGGCCACUUCAGAGAUGAAGCCCUCCAGCUGAGAGGCAACGACUCGGCCAAGGGUGACCCGACGCCAGUGCUUCAGAGCCCCUUUUCACCACCCACCAAGCGCCUAGAAUCUUACAUCCUUGGACUCCUACAGAAGCGGGCACAGCCCGUGAGGACUAACAAGCCCAGGACGAGUGUCAACGCCGACCCUGCCAAGGGCAUCCUGAGACAAGGGAGUGUUUGUGCCAAGCAGGUGACUGGUGGCCCUCAAGUCAAAGCUGCCAGGACGAACUGCACGAGGACAGCCGAUUGCGGUGUGCAAGCAUCUCCUGGCAAGCAGUGGCUGGCUGAAGCCAAAGUGGAGCUGAGACACCCUGCUGCCUGCCCAUGUCCCCCUGACCAGCGUGGGGCAAGCGGCAGCCUUCCAAAGAAGAGAGCGCCAGGGGUCACUAAGGGUCUUCCACUCGGAGGCGCCGGUGAGGUGAGCCAAACCCACGUGCUCGCCUCGCCCAAAGACACGGUGCGGAGGCAUUCUGCCAAGGCUGAAGAGAGCAAAGGGACCGCGUCCCCCAAGAAGGGCCUCAAGCUGCCCGCCGUGGAUGAACGGCCCAUUCUAGAGCUGAGGAGCGAGGGGUCGUCCUCUCAAAGUCUCGAGGAGGGCAGCAGACAUAUGGUGAGUGCCCACUGUGUCCCUGCCCAGAAGCAAGCAGUGAAGCUUCGAAAGGGCCUCAGAGCGGUGAAGGUCGUGAAGACGAGGAGUGCCACCAGCAGAGGCAAAGCGCAGGCCAACGUGGUGCCCGAAGCGUGUCGGGAGAAGUCAAGGACGGCCAACGUAAAGUAUCGCAUCCCAAGUGAGGCUCCCAAAAAAUCCUUGAGUAAGACGAAGAGAAAUGGCAGCUCCCCGAAUGAUGGCGGCCCACCGGUCCGGCACUCUAAGCACGCCGGGCACAGCCGGGAAGUUGUACUGACCAAGCCGAGGUACAAGAGGAGCGACUACCGGCGGUACAAGACCCUGGGCGACAGCUCGUAUGACGAGGCCCUGCGGCGGGCCAGGAGGCGGCACAAGAGGGAGGCGGCAGGGCAGCUGUCCACCCUCUACAUGCCGUCCAAGCUCUCGUACCCGAGCCCCUACGCGUGCACGGGCAGCGACUCCGAGUACUCGGCCGAGUGCGCCUCGCUCUUCCACUCCACCGUGCUGGACACCAGCGAGGACGAGCAGAGCAACUACACCACCAACCGCUUUGGCGACAGCGAGUCGAGCGUGGACGAGGCCGACUUCGUCAGGGACAGCAGCAGCUCGGGCGACUCGGAGGAAAGCGGGGGGCUCGUCUGGCCACAGUUUGGCCAGGCGCCCACUGGCCCCCCGCAGGCGGAGGCCUUCGUGAAAAUCAAGGCCUCUCAUAACCUGAAGAAGAAGAUCCUCCGCUUCCGCUCGGGAUCCUUAAAGUUGAUGACCACCGUGUGAUGGCCUCCAGACGUCCGCGCGGCCCGGGUCGGCGGCCCAGCCCUUAGCCUCUAAGGCACGUGAACUGGACCGGUGCCCGCGGACACUGCCGUAUUGGGCUUUUUUUUUUUUUUUUUUUUCUCUAUUUAUUGCUAACUGUGGAUACACGAGUGUAAAUAGAGUCCCGGGAUUCGGGUGUCCAUUUUUUAAUAAAGAUAUUUAAAAUGA